GAAUCACUUCUCACCCACAGCAACUUAUUAUUUGAGAUAACAAACAACUGUUCUGACCAAGAAAGCUGCUUAAUUCCCGCUGAGCUUCCAAAUUCUGGAGGAGCAGCUGUCUAGCCAGGCUGUGACAGGCUGCAGGCUGUGGGAGGGGCUCCUCUUGGCAGCUGGAAUUAAAAGGUCUGAAAACUCAGGACUUUGUAGGCUACCAGCAAAGUGAGGACUGAGAUUUUCGGGGAUAUCCACUUCUUACUUGCAGGGCCCAGCUUCCUGAAGAAAACCCCCCUCAGGCCAGUCCAUCAUGCAGGGCUCCAUGGCAGUUGAAGCAGCUCUGGCAGGACUCCAGGCAGAAGUCAACUGUCCCAUCUGUCUGGAUAACCUGAAAGACCCUGUCACCAUCGAAUGUGGCCACAACUUCUGUCGCUCCUGCAUCCAACAGUCCUGGGCUGAUCUGCAGGACAGACUGCCUUGCCCUGUGUGCCGUCAUCUGUGCCAAAAGAGACACUUGAGGAGCAACACCCAGCUGGGAAGGAUGAUUGACACUGCCAAGCUCCUCCAGAUCAGCAGGAGCAAGAAGAAGCGUAAGGAGGAGAGGCACCUGUGUGAGAAGCACAACCAGGCCCUGACCCUGUUCUGUGAGGAGGACCUAGAGGUGCUAUGUCCCCUGUGCACUCAGCCCCCCGACCACCAGGGCCACCAGGUGAGGCCCAUGGAGGAGGCCGCUGCCCAUCACAGGCAAAGGCUCAGCAGUUACAUUGAGCCCCUCAAGAAGCAGAUGGCAGACGUUCAGAAAUUAAUGAGCAUCCAAAACAAAAAAACCUUAGAACUGAGAGAGAAGGUGGAAAACCAAAGGCUGGAAUUACUCUCUGAAUUUGAGCACCUGCGGCAGUUUUUAGAACAUGAUCAAGAAGCAGUUCUUUCAAGAUUAGCUGAUGAAGAAAAGGCUAUUCAAAGGAAACUCAGCGCUAAUAUAACUGCAUUUUCCGAGUACAAUUCCACACUCAAACAUCUACUGAGUAAGCUUGCACAGAGCAGUGUGCUGCCGGAAGUGGAACUGCUAUUAGAAAUUAAAAAUUUCUACAAGAACUCCGAGGAGUACAGUCCAUCAGUCUUUUCAGUUCAGUUAAGGAAGGAAGGCUGCAGUUUUCCUUUCCAGUAUUCUGCUUUGCAGAAAAUUGUGCAGAAAUUUAGAGUGGAUGUCAUCCUGGACCCUGAAACAGCACACCCUAACUUGAUUGUCUCUGAGGAUAAAAAAUGUGUGAGGUACACAAAGAGAAAACAAAACGUUCCAGAUUUUCCAAAAAGAUUUACAGUCAACACGGUUGUCCUGGGUUUUCCAUUUUUUCACUCUGGCAGGCAUUUCUGGGAGGUAGAAGUGGAAGACAAAUGCAAAUGGGCUGUUGGGGUUUGCAAAGACUCUCUUUCUACAAAGGCGAGGAGAAGCCCAUCGGCCUGUCAGGGAUGCUGGAGCAUUCGGCGGCAGGGAGACAGCUAUGAUGCCCCAGGAGCUGGCAGACCCCCUCUUCUGUCAGAAGUGAAACUCACAGGCAUUGGCAUCUUCCUGGACUGUGAGAUGGGUGAGGUCUCAUUUUACAACAUGACUGACAAGUCCCAUAUCUGUACUUUCACGGACACUUUUAAUAGACCUCUUAGGCCUUAUUUCUUUGUGGGGCAUGAUUCAGAUCAUCUUAGAAUCUGUACAAGAAUAGAUAGUGAAUGAAACAUUUCUAAUAGGCUGGGCCAGUUUCAUAAUUUGUUUUUAAUGGAAGGUGGGUUUUUCCUUUUUAAUUGAAUGUACUGGGUGACAUUGGCUAAUAAAAUUACAUAGGUUUGGGGGGUACAAUUUUAUAAUACAUUAUCUCCUACCUCCCCCUGGAAGGUGGGUAUCAUAUUAACAUGACAGUAAAUACAAUCCCCCCACAACAGCUGCACCCCUCAAGAAGACAGUUUCCUUUUGUUUCAGCAACACAGGACAGACAGCAUUAAGACCUUCCAAGAUCUGAGGCUGCCCACCUCUUCCCCCAUGUCCUGCCACACACUUGGUUCAAGCUGUACAUGGUGCUUGCGGUCCUCUGUAGCUGCCUGCCCUGCUUCUUUACUCACGAAUUUGCCUGGAGUUCCUACCGUCUCCGUCGCCUCUGGGGCACUCUGACCUGGAGCUCCCACAGCACCUUUGGGCUUGCUGCCGUCAUUUCACUUCGCCCAGAAACGCUAGUCCCCUGUAAGCUACAAACCGGGUCUAUCUCAGUCAAUUGUUAUAUCCUUGGUGCUAGCGCAGUAUUUGCCUGAUGAACAGCAUGCUUAACAUUUUUAACAAUCAUUUUAUUCAUUUCUUACUGAGUGUAUUGGGGUGACAUUGGUUAAUAAAAUUCUAUAGGUUUCAGGUGUAAAAUUCUGUAACACAGCACCUGUAUAUUGUACUGUGUGUUCACCCCAAGUCAGGCCUCCUUCCAUCACCAUUUAUCCCACCUAUAAUCAUGCUCAACAUUUAAAACGCUUCGGUCAUUCUUUUGUUUUGCUAGUUCUAGUACUUAAUUUCAUUUUCUUUUAUUGUUUGAAAUGUUCGUCACUGGAUUUAAAGAGUGCUGGUGUUCACAGAGCUGACACAUUAGACCCUGAGUAUCCUCGUUUUUGAACUAUACCAUAUUCUCUGUAAACCCAAGUUCAUCCCAUAAACCUUAGAAACUGACUAGAUUCACACUGAAUUUAAAAAUAAAUAAGAAUGAAUCAUCUACCAUCAGUGUCUUCCUUUUGAAAAAGAAAACAGCUGCCCUGGCUGGUGUGGCUCAGUGGGUUGAGUGCCGGCUUGAGAUCUCCAGGCAGGGCACAAGCCUGGGUGUGGGCCAGGUCCCCAGUGGGGUGUGAGAGAGGCAGCCAUGUAUUGAUGUUUCUCUCCCUCUCUUUCUCCUUCCCUUCCCCUCUCUAAAAUAGUAAAAUCUUCUUAAAAAGAAAAAGAAAAUGGCUGACAGCAAAGUCAUAGAGACAGAUUUUCAGAGAAGGCAAUGGUUUUGAGACAUACCAAAGGAAAAAAAAAAAAAGAUAAAAGGGAGGGGGAAAG